AUAGUUUUCAGCUUUUUAUGCCAUUUGUCGACUGACAUUUUGACUUCCUUUAUACUCACCUUCGUAGGAUGGUCUAGGACUUUUUUAGGACCUUUUCCUUACAUGGGCACAAAGAUUUUUCUACCACGAUGAACUCCAACCGUUGCCAUGCCAACGAUAAUAAACUCCAUCUUGCUGUGAAGCUUCCAGAGAUUUUACGAAAAAUUGCGACCUUUCUCCCCAAUUCGGACCUCCUCACCUGCACCUUAAUCAACACCACGUGGGAAGCCGAAGUUCGCCACCGCCUCCUCACUUUACACCGGCUUUCCCUUACCCCAGAAAAUAUUAUCGACUCCGACAAAAUUAUUACCACGCGAGGAAACCACCCCACAAACAUAGAUCUCCACCAAUUCCCUAAUCUCUCCUCUUGUGCAGAUUUCAUUUACAAAAAUGCCCACAGAGUGAAAACCCUGACGAUCCGUUUCGUCUUCCCUGACCCCACGUGGCUCCAAUAUUUGCAUUUCGUCUCACAGUCCUUCCCGAAUCUGACUACCCUCAAGUUGACCUUGAUCUCACCUCAGAGUACAAUUUUUGACAAUUCCGUUCCUUCCUUGAAACUCCCACCAAAACCGAAUUCUUCAUUCUUUAAAGUUAAGAAACUAGGGAUUAUCUCGUACCACGUGCCGGGCAAGUCUGCCGACCAGGAUGCAUUAAUUGCGUCAAUAUUACCCCAAUUUGUCUCAUUAUUCCCCAAUCUCGUGACCCUCUCGUGCCUCGAAAUUGGGCAACUCAUAGUACAAAAUUUCCUUAAUUGCUCCCCCUCCAUGACCUGUUUGGCUCUCAAAUAUGUCGCCUUGAAGGAUCCCAUGCGACUAAAAGUUGCCCAUCUGACCCACCUUGACCUUGGUUUCCUCGGCUUUACCCCGGCAUCUUGUUUAACCGCGAUACUCAAAAUUAUCUCGGGAACAUUGCGUCACCUUAAAUUUUCCCAAGUUAGAAACACUACUCCCACCCUAAAUUCCCUCCGAAGUCCCAUCCUAGUUCCGAUCAUGCCGCAAUUACGGGUUUUCGAACUAGUACAAAAUCAAUUCAGGGAUCGAGAAGGGUAUCGAGAUUCCCCGCUGAGGCCAGAUUUGAUCCUGAAAUUUGAGGCGGGUGGUUCAAAAAAGAGGAUACUUUACGACGUGCAGUUUCCCGCGCUGGAAACGGUGAGGAUUUCGCGGGAAAUUGAAAAGAGCUACGAUGACCCCGACGAAGAAAAGAUGCCGGAACAAGACUUUUUUGAGACGAGUGUCUCCUUUUUGUUCGAGUAUUUCCUGCACGAGAAUAAUUCGCAGGGUUUGAGCGUGAAACGGUUGGAUGUCCCGUUCCCGCCGGGCGACAGGUUUAGGUUUGUUCCCGGGGUAAAAUGUGAGUGUGGGGGUGGCAGAUUUUGUACUUGUUUUGAGUGGCAGGAUUCAUCCGAAUUUUGGGACAGGGUGGUGGCCAUUUUCCCGAAUUUGGUGAGAUAUGCGGCCAUGGGGGGAAGUUGGGAGAGGGCGAGGGCGGCCAAGGUGAAACAGUGGGUCGAGUUGGGGACAGAGUUGGGCUUUUUGAAGGAAGUAGAGGGGAAGUUGGGGGAAAUUCUGGAUUGAGUUUCUAAAAGCUACAUAUUUAAACCAUGAUUGUAUUAUUUGUGGGGGUGAAGAGAGUUGGAAGAAUUUAAGUUAUGAAGGCGACGAAGUAUUCUUUGCUGUGUUAAAAGGAGAAAUUAUCAACUUAAUUUAUUUGCCCAUAAUUUAGUUUUACUUAUGAAAAAGGAAAUAUUAAUGGACAAAGAUCAUAUUCGUGUACCUACAUAGAUAUCUAAUUGUUUUGUAUUAAAUGUCUUCCAUGCACAUAUAUUUAGUUUGUACUUUUCUAUUUGUCCUAUUUACAUUGGCAGAGAAAAUUGAAAUUCUCACCUCCUGCAUAACUUGACAAAUCUAAAACUUA